AUGUCUGUUUAUGUUGAUAUAACAGACGAAGUUCUUGUACCCGAGAAGGUACUGAACUUUGUGCGAUCGCCGCAGGCCGGUGCAAUUGUCUAUUUUGGAGGGAUUACGCGGGACUCUUUCCAGGGCAAGGAAGUCGUUUCGUUAGCCUAUGAGGCGCACCCGAAGCUUGCAAUCAAGACGCUUCGGUCCAUUGCCGACGAGUCGCUCACAAAGUUCCCUGGAAUACACAAGGCAGCAAUUGUGCACAAAACAGGGCCGGUCCCUGUCGCAACCGAGUCUGUGAUGAUCGCCGUGAGCUCUACCCAUAGAAAGGAAGGAUGGCUUGCUGGAGAAUGGAUCUUGGAAAGAGUCAAGGAAAACGCAGAGAUCUGGAAGAUCGAAGAAUACUCGGACGGCUCAAAUACCUACAAGGAGAACGAGACGUCGAACUACAACACCAAUGAAUUUACGUCUUGGAUGGAACGGAUCGAGAUAGUACCGCACGAAACCGGGCUCCAGAGCGAAUAUGGUGUGGUCUUUUCCAAUACCGGUGUUUUCUCCAGGAUACCACUUGGUUCCUCUCUGUCUCAUGAUGAUCUGGCCAACUUCAACAACCUCUCCGUCACCUUUCUUUGGACCAAGACGUUUUCCUGCAGAAUCCUUCAUAUGGGUUCUGGAACCACCAGCUCUUUUGGUGGCGGUUCUCACCUGGAAAAUACUCUGGUGUCCAACAGAAAGCGACGUCUUGACUUUGUCGCACACCAGCGAAACCAACUUGGAGGUGAACAUGGUGUGUUCAGUUCUGAGAUGCAAAUAAUGUUGACUAAAAUUUUUCAGGUCGAUGGAAAAGACGAUGGUCGCGACCAGAAAUAUUAUUCCCCGGCCUAA